CUUAAGUCCAGACUCACUCCACCUGGAAUGUGGGCCAAACUCGGAUCUCAAGGUGCAGUCAUAUGACUCCCAGAUGGACGAAUGAGAGUCAGCGGGGGCUGUAAAUGCGUUUCUGAAAAACUACUUCAACAAAAGUUUUGUAAUCUUGAUCGAUUUGACACGGCUGGAAAGAAAGGAAUAAGUCCUGACUGGUUUCGGUUUCAGCCCAAGCUCAGCACAGGGAGAUGGGAAGCGACGGGAGCAGUCUGUGGGGAUGACCGAGGGCUGUCUGUUGUGGAUGCGGCACGUCAGACGAGCUCUUCUUCACCUGUGCGUGGCGUGAUGGAACAUCUGAAUAACGGGAGUCCACGGCAGACAGCGGGAGAAGAGACGAGCUCCUCGGACAGUCAGCGGCGUGAUGUCCGCUUCCAGAGGAGAGUUGCCGCGGUCAGCUCCCCUUCUCUGUCCGCCGCACGUCUCACUUUACCUGGGGUCAUGGACGCUGAGGGAAGGGUCGACGAGUCAAGACUGAGGAUGCAUAUUUUCAAAAACGGUGGCGUGUCUCCCUCUGAGCGUGGCCUGGUGUGGCGCUUUCUGUUUGGGAUGUACCCAUGCAGCUCAACGGCUUUAGAGCGCUCUUUGCUGCAGGAGCAAUUGGUUGUACGUUACCGGGUCAUGAAGAGAAAGUGGCAGCAGUUUCUACCUUCAGCUGUGCAAAUGCAUCUCAACGGCACUGAUGCUGAGUUGGUGGCAGCGGUCAGGUACUUUGACCAGAGGCAGGCACAGGCCCAGCAACAGACCCAGGACCAGUCAGAGGAGGUCAGGGACAGACUGGCUUUCUUGGAGCUGCAGGCACAGAUAUUGUUUGAGCGGGUCACAUUUGAUCAAGUGGAGCUGCGGGAAGCCAUACGAAUCAUUGACAAGGAUGUACCGAGAACUAACAGAGACCUGAGCUACUACCAGGGUGAAGGUUUGGGCAAUCUGUUGGUGUUGAGAGAUAUCCUCAUCACAUAUGCUGCUUUUCAUCCAGAGGUCAGUUAUGCCCAAGGAAUGAAUGACCUGUGCAGCCGCUUCCUGGAGGUCCUUGACUCUGAGGUGGACACUUUCUGGAGUUUUUCCUGCUACAUGGAGAAAUUCUCCAAAGACUUUAGGGCUGAUGGUCUGCACAGGAAAAUAGAGUUGGAAGCAGCCCUGUUGAAGGAACUGGACCCUCAGCUUUAUGCUCAUUUGGUCACAGACAGCAUGGAGAGCUUCACCUUCUGCCACAGGUGGCUGCUGCUGGGUUUCCAGAGGGAGUUUGAACACAGUGACGCAUUACGUUUGUUCGAGAUCUUGAGUUGUGACCACCUGGAGCUUAUCUCUCAACAAGUAGAUAGAGCCCGUUAUCAGGAAAGGCUGACACGAAAAUGCAGCACAGAUGACAGUUCACAGUCAGAGCUGCAGGCUAUCAACACUGACUUCACCUUUGAGCUCUUCAUCUGUGCAGCCAUCCUGUUAGAGAACAGAGAGUCUCUGCUGCGGUGCAGAGAUGAUGUACAACUCAUCCAGUUCACAAACAGCCUUCAGGGAACACUGGACCUGAACAGCACACUGAAGAAAGCAGAACGCCAUUUGUACAACUACUGCAAGCGCUGUGCUUGGGACUAUAUGAAUGGGCGGUGCAGAGCACACAAGAGCAAACAAGAGGACUUUCUUUAUCAACUCCGCAGUUUACUUAUUUUAAAGUGAUAGCUACUAUUGAAAUACCUGAUGUGACAUCCAAGACUCUUUUGAAAAUGUAAUUUGUAACAGGGGCCGUAUAAUCCAUAGUUCCCCUUUUCCUUGUUUUUUGAUGGCACAUAUUCUUAGUUUUUAUUUCUGAGGGAAACACUGAUGUACUAAUGGCUGCUUACCUUCAGUCUGAUCACUUACGGCUGUUCAUUAUAAAUGUACAGUAUUUAUUGUAUAAAAGUUGACCAACACGACCAUGAAUAUGAAACGUUUAAGUUGAAUGUCUUAGUACUUCAGACUCAAAGCUUUAAAGAAUUAUUUUUUUCGGGUUAUGCAAUAUUCAACUGCUAGAAGAAAACCACUGCUUGACAUGUGUGUGUGAAUACUAUGAUGUGGUGUGUUGCAACAGGUGGUGUCUGUAACAAACUGCAGUUAUAUUUAAUGCCAGAUGGCCUGUGUGUCAAAGAGGCCUAUGUAACAAGAAUAGAUGUUCAGUUUUUUAGCUCUGGCAGAGGGAUCGUGCAGUAAGGGGAAGGAAAACUUACUGCAUAACAAUGUCUUAAAUAGAGAAAGAAACACAUGCUGGAUAUAAACAACCUGAAAAAUUAUACCUCAAUAAAACUAUUCAAGAUUGUUUAA